AGCGGCAGAAGCAGAGUGCUUUUAUUUUGAAUGCCCGGUUGUGGUUUUCGGGUUGUUGCUACCAGCUGAAUUCCCCAGUCAAGGGGUUAUUCUGGGGACUGACAUGUUGCCAGUUGUGGUUGUCCAUGGUGGAGCGGGUCAUAUCCCCAAAGAGCGCUCAGAACGGUCCACCUCAGGUGUGCGCUCUGCAGCGCAAUCAGCAUAUGCAGUCCUGAAGCGAGGGGGCAGCAGUAUGGAUGCCGUGGUGGACGCUGUGAUGCUACUGGAGAAUAAUCCAUCUUUCAAUGCAGGGUGUGGAUCAGUGCUGAAUAUUAAGGGAGAGGUGGAGAUGGAUGCCCUCGUGAUGGAUGGGAAAACGCUGAGCAGCGGAGCCGUGUCUGCUGUCCGCAACAUAGCUAACCCGAUUCAGUUGGCCAGACUUGUUAUGGAGAAGACCAGUCACGCAUGUCUGACAGCUGAAGGUGCCUCUCAGUUUGCUCACUUCAUGGGUAUACCUGAGGUGCCUCAGGAGUCCCUCAUCACUGAGUACUCCCGCAUGCGCUGGAAAAAGAACCUGGAACCAGAUGCCAACCCUGUGGAGUGCCAAAUGGGGAAAAUGGGGACAGUUGGAGCGGUGGCAGUCGACACUGAUGGGAAUGUAGCGUGUGCAACUUCCACUGGUGGACUGUUAAACAAGAUGGAAGGCCGGGUGGGCGACACCCCAUGCAUAGGCAGUGGAGGCUAUGCUGAUAACAUGUCAGGAGCAGUUUCAACUACAGGCCACGGAGAAGCUAUCAUGAAGGUUACGCUGGCGAGGCACAUCCUGUUCUACAUGGAGCAAGGCCAGUCACCUGAAGCCGCCAGUGAUUUGGGCCUGGCCCACAUGAAGUCCAGGGUCGGGGGGCUGGGAGGGGUCGUGACCGUGGACCCACAGGGCAACUGGGCUGCUCGCUUCUCCAGCCGGCAAAUGGCAUGGGCUGCUGCGCAGAAAGAUACGCUGCACUAUGGCCUGUACACAGGAGAAAACUUCACCCAAAUCAUGGAGGAUACUCACUGACCAGCUGUCAGUUUGUGAAGUUAAAGCUAGAAAUCCAGGCAGAAACAGAUGAAACGGCUGAAGAUGAUCAUCCGGUAAAGAAACAAUGGUUAAUUAGGUUUAAUGUUGAUAUUCCGUCAUUAUUUUUAAAUCAACUAAAUUAACAACAAAUUUACCUUAGGUAUAUCAUCAGUAAGAGCAGAAACACACUAAGCCCAAAAACUGGGCAACUGUGCACAGGUCUAAGCCGAUCGAAAGAAAAGCGUGUUGGGAGAUAUUUCCAGGAACGUUUAUGAUUUCCCACAAACUUUUUUAACAUGAUAAUUGCAAAGUAAUCAGAAUCUGAUCAUUUGUAAAAGUAUUUCAGUAUUUUUGUCACUGAGGGAAAAUGUGGACAAAGGCACAUUAGACAACAUAAUUCACUGCUCAGUUUUUGAAGUUCUGAGGAGAAGCUUCAGGUUUUACAAUUAUAUUUUAUUAAAAACUACUGGCCAGUUUUAUGACCACUGGCUACCUUAUUUUGAGCCAGUGUUAACACACAAGCAAAGGUUUUCUGCCACAGUCCUCCCUGAGCAUGUUCACAUCAGUACUGAUAAAGUUCAGUUUCUCUGAUUUAAGUAUUAAAAAAGAGCAAUAAAACCAAUUUCUACCAGAAUUAUCAGCAUAUUGAAGGGUGCAGGUACAUCUCACUAUAAAGCUUUCCAGCAGAGGGAAAGAUUGUCCUCUAAGGUUUCCUGGCAGAUAACUGCUCUGACUUUGGACUUGAUAAAACCCAGUGGAUCAACACCAGCAGAUGACAUGGCUCCACCAAUCAUCCCUGACUAUGGAAACUUCACACUGGACGUCAAGCAACAGGGAUUGUGUGACUCUCCACUCUUCAUCCAGACUCUGGGACCUUGAUUUCCAAAUGAAAAGCAAAGUUUACUUUUAUCUGAAAGAGAACUUUUGACCACUGAGCAACAGUCUAGUUGUUUUUCUCCUUCCUUUGUCAAUUUCAGUGGGGUCAGGGGUGUGCCAGAUGUAAUAUUUCUAGUUUUAAUUGGGUUUUUAAUUUACUGGUUAGCCAUAAUUAACAGAAAUAAACAUCUUAAAUAUAUCACUAUGUAAUUAUUCCUUAUGGUUCAAAAGUUUCAAAUUUUUUAAUCUGUACUCAAAGCCCACACUGCAUAGAUGCAUCCCCACCAGUAGAAUGCACUCCUUGAAGGAGAGAGCACCUGCAAUCAGAUGGUACCUCCCCUCCAGUUUAGGAGGUCCCUAAGCUCACCAAUGCACCGAAGACCUCCAGGCCAGGGCCGGGCGCCAGUACAUGCACCGGCCCAAAACCCGACGACAUACCCCCCAGGACCCAAAACCCCCAGGACCCAGCCCAGGGGCGACACGCCCCAGGAACCCCGAGCCCACCCCAGACCUACCCAGGAGGAGCGGGGCCACCAGGCCAGUAACCUAUGUCUGCCAGCAUAGGCCCCCAAAAAACAUUGUAUGCAGCCACCAGAUGUAACCCCAGGGAGCCAACAAAACCCAAUCCCGUCGAGAGCCACAGCCCCCGCUGCCAGACCCCCCAGCGACCCCAACCCAGGGACACCCCUGAUGCCCCAAACCCAGACAACUCCCUGUAUCAGCAACAAUGCCCCACAGGAUGAAGCCAAGAGGCUGUCUCCAGAUUUAUCUAAUCCAACAAUCUGGUUUAUACUAAGAACAUUUUUAUUUUUCCAGUUCAUAAGAAUAGUUUUCUUAGCGAUACCUAAGACAGUGAAAACCAUGUGGUUUUACUUGUUGAUUUUAUGAACAAAAAAGCUUUUCAGGGAUUUUCUGAUGUAUUGAGAAGCUCCUUUAAGCCUUUAAUCCGUAUGUGUUUUAUGUGUCGUUAAACACCUGUUAACACUGUUGAGGAUGAAAUUUCUGUUAAUCUGCCUGCUAGUAGUAACCUUCUGAUCCACUAGAUGGUGCUGUUUCAUGCAAACAAAAUGCAAAACUUGAGAUUUCCUUUUUUUACUGAAGUACUUUUAAGGCUUUUGUGUUGUGUAAUUCAUUGUAAUUGUAUAGAUGUGUUAUAGGUUAUUUUAUCAGAUUGACCAUUCUGCAAUAUCAUUAUUAAAACUCAGUGUUAUACCUCA